CCUAUCAUUUGGAAAUUUCAAAGCAGAGUCGUAAAAUGGCUUUCCUAAAACCUGAGGAUUACUUUGUGUUGGUGCUAACCAUUGGUGCUACUCUUGGUGUGGGAUUGUACCAAUCAUUUAAAGGCGGAAAACGCAGAACCACCGCGGAGUACUUAGUAGGUAGUCGAAAUAUGUCUGCACUUCCGGUUGCAAUAUCGUUGAUGGUUUCAUACGAGUCUGGAAUCAUGAUGUUGGGAGUUCCGUCAGAGGUGUAUAUCUAUGGCAUGCAGUGGUUCCUGUCUAAUUUGGGACACUUCUUUGCUGACCUAAUAAAUCUGCACAUAUUUGUGCCACCACUUAAGAAGCUUGAGAUCACCAGCAUAUAUGAGUAUUUGGAGCUACGGUACAAAUCACACGGGAUAAGGAUGUUUGCAACCGUUCUGGGAAUAUGUUCCAUGCUCAACUACAUGGGAAGUGUGCUAUUUGUUCCGGCAGUCACGCUCAAAGCAGUGGCGGGGAUUCCGAUGUGGAUGUCCAUAGUCGGUCUGAUGGCUAUCGUAAUGGUCUAUACGUUGCUGGGUGGGUUUAAGGCUGUAGUGUGGACGGAUGUUGUCCAGGCAGGCCUUAUGAUAGGCGGGAUGCUAGCAGUCAUUAUUAAGGGCACAAUUGAUUCCGGAGGAAUCGCUAACACAUGGGACUCGGUUUACGAGAAUGGUCGUGUCAACUUUUUUGACUUUAAUCCCGAUCCAACUCUGCGUCAGUCGUUUUGGAGUUUGAUAUUUGGGAGUGCAAUAGUAGAGUUUGGCUUACCAUUCUCACAGACAACAUUUCAAAGGAUCAAGGCGACGCCUACCAUAAAAACAGCACAGAAAAUGUACCUGGUGACGAAUUGUUUGUUUGUGUUUGUAACACUGCUUGCCGCCCUGGAAGGUGCAGUUAUGUUUGCCUAUUACAACGCUAAAGGAUGUGACCCGCUUGUCUCCAAUCAAGUGACAAACCAGAAUGAACUUAUUGCCAAAAUGGUGACCGACAUCUUCGACAAAGUCCCCUGUCUGCCUGGGUUGUUUCUGGCUGCUCUAUUUAGUGCGUCUCUCAGUACGAUGUCGUCCAUCCUUAACAGCAUAUCCGCUAUAUUUUGGGAAGAUAUCAUCAAACCUCACAUGAAACCAAUGUCGGAUCUCCGGGCCACUAUCAUCACGAGAUCUUCAGUGGUGGUGUUCGGAAGUGUUGGUAUAUUUGUAGCGUUUGUGGUAUCCGGGUUAACAGGUCCGAUUUCACAGAUUCUUGCAACGACCGGUUCCUGUCUGGGUGGAGCAGUGACAGGAAUCUUCCUGCUUGGCUGGUGUUGUCCCCGGGCAAAUAAAAAGGGCGCUUUGGUUGGUGGGUGUCUCUGUGUUCUGAUUAUCGGUUGGAUAUCCUUCGGAAAGUAUGCCUCUUCGGGUGUAAGGGUCAGCACCAAGUUACCCCCGGCAGCCACCGACCGGUGUGUUCUACCAAACGCCUCUUUCUCCGACAAUACCACCUUCCAUACGACCGCCUCGUCAACACCGUAUCAUCUCAACAUUUCUACGGCGACCGUGGAAUCUGAUGAUAAAUCUGGACCAACUGGUAUUGACGUUCUUUAUUCCCUGUCCUACAAAUGGCUCGGAACAACUGGUAUCCUUAUCGUUAUUAGCGUGGGUAUUCUCGUCAGUCACCUCAGUGAUCCAGUUCCCGUGGACCCACAUCUAGUCGUGUCCCUGUGUGAUAAGGUGUGCUGUUGUAUACCCGAGACGGUCAGAGCCAGGUUCACAUGUAGCAUCAGAAAUCCUGAUAGAGAUUGUAAUGUUACUGUAGAAAGUGAAGAACUGGAUAAAGAAUUGGUCACGAACAAACCACCGCCGGAGGAAAAAGUACCCAAUAACUUCACAGGUAUGGAAGAGACCCCUGACACCGAACUGGUAGUAACCAACUGAUGAGUAGCCGGAACUAACAGACUUAAUACGACAUAUGGCGUUAACAUCCUACCGUGAAAGAUUAACGCAGAGAUUUAUAAGAUAACUAUACAGAAUUAAUUGUUCACAGGUAUUAUAGGGUAUUUUUGUAGUAAAACGUCAUUACAAACGUACAUUUUCAUGAUUUUGGAAAGAGAAACAAACUUUUAAAUAGAUUAUUUUUAAUUAAAAACGUUUUUUUUAUUAUUUUAUGUUAAACAGAAAAUGGAAGUGUUUACCCCUGUUGUAAUGUUUUGAUAACCCAAGCGAUCACACAAAUUUAUUGUUUACACAUUCUUUUUUCGAAAUGGUUUGAAUUGAGGUCGGAUUUCUCUUAAUUAUUUCGUUUAAAAAUAAUGUAGCUUUUGGGAUAUAUGGACUUAAUUAAAAAAUGUAUUUGACCUUAAUCUUUGAUAAUAUGGCAUAUAUGAUUUGUAUUCGUGUCAAUUGUACCGUUAUGUAAGAACAGCAAUAAUAACAUGAAGAAAUGUUGGGAUUGUUUCUUUUAUAUCCGGAUAAAGACCAACUAGUAUAGAGAUAAGCUGUCUUUAAAGAUGAAUGUUUCAUAUACACGUUAUUUCACCUUCAAACAAUAGGUUAUAGAUAGAGUACAGUGUAUAUACCGACACGCAUCACACAGAUGGUGUGUCCUUCCGGGGAUGAUAGGGGCCAAAAAGGUGGGAAUCCAAAGUAGUCUUACUGUUGUAACAGUAGAGAAGAUGUAUUAAACUCACACAAAUAAGUAUAUGAAUGUUUUAACCUAUUCAUCAGAUGGUGGGCCAUCCGUCAUUCCGUCAUUAUACAAUUCGUGUUAGCGCUAUUUCUGAGAGAGAGACAAAACCAGGAGAGAUCUUUCUCCAAUUUUCUAGGAAGGUUUCCAUGGUCUUUAGUUAUGCAUAUCAAAUUUUGGUACUGAUCAGAUAAUCAAAACGGCCGACAGGCAAGCGCCUUGUAUUUUUAUUUAAGUUAAAGUUUGUUAGCCCUUUUUCUUAGAAAGUACUGGAGAAAUCUGUCUCCAAUUUCACGUAAAGUAAAGUGGCACUUCAGUGCAAAUUGUUUUAUUUUGUCAUUGUUGAUUUUUAUUGGUUUAUUAUUAAAAUCAAACAACUUCUGCGUUAUCUAUAAACUAAAUCCAUGACGUAUUACUUAUUUAUAAUUUCUGUAUUUAACUACACGAGUAACACAUAUUUUUUAGGGAUUUGACCUCAUUGCUACCUGCUGGAUGACCGAAGUACCCGUGCAUGUGCAGGCAUAAUUAUAUUCAAUGUAAAGUGAUAAUUUAUUUGGGAGCUAUCUCCCCUCAACUUGUCUGGGUUAAUAACGUCGUAUGA